GAUUUUGCGGGGCGGGGCUUACUUGCCCCCCCCCCCCAAUAUUUUAUUCAAGUUGGCACUCCUGGGUGGGGCCAUUCUUAGCCUUUUCUGGAGGCGAAGGAGUCUGAACCUGGGCGCUACACCCCUUCCCACACUCUCGUUUUCCAUCUAAAGAGCGGGAGCCGUGCAAAGUCUCCAGAGGCGGUGCGGAGCCGUCUCUCCUUCCCGCGGGGAAGCUGCCUUCCACCCCCAGCGCCCAACUCUUGCAGCCGCCCAGGCUGCCCUGCUGCUGCUGCUGCUGCUGCCGCCCCCGCGUUUUCGCCUCGCAGUUUGCCGAAGGCCGGAAGUGACGUGCGGGCCUGGCGAAUGAGCACACCUUGAGUCACCUGGGGAAAGGAGACGGCGCCGCCAGAUGGGAGGGCGCUCAGUCCGCGAAGGGAGGCCGUGCAGUUCAGGUGUGUCUCGCGCGGGGGGGCGAGUCGUCCGGCUGUCACACUGGGGGAAGAAUCCGGGGGCCGCAUGGAGAAGGAGGGCCGCUCGGCGUGGCCCAUGGGGCUGCUGAAAACCUUCGACGCCAGCGAGUUCGGCAGCUGGGAGAAGAUCGGCUCGGGAGGCUUCGGGCAGGUUUACAAAGUCCGCCACGUCCACUGGAAGACCUGGCUCGCCAUCAAGUGCUCGCCCAGCCUGCAUGUGGAUGAGAAGUAAGGGCCCGUCGGAGCGCCGGGCUGGGCGUCGGGGAGGAGGAGGAGGGAGCGCCGGGCGCCCGGUUGGACUUCCCCGACCCAGGCUCGCUUGGCAGCGGAGCAGCCUGAACCCCUCAGCUGGGUUCAGGCUGCUCGUGGGUGGGGGUGUCUUGGCAACUAGCAGUGGCGCGAUUUUAUAUUUUGGCGUUGUUUUGCAAGUGCAGUCCAGAAGACGCGCGACGGGCGCCUUGGCGAAGCCUUCGAAGGGCUGCCCGGGCUGCGUUGUGACCUUUGGAGCGGUUCCCUUGGUUUCCAGAGGUGGACGGUCCCGUUGCCCUCGAGACUGCCGCGCGGAGUCGUGCAGGUGCCGAGCCACCAGGGACCGAGAGAGCCCGAUCUGCUGGGCUUACUUCGGAGGAGGCACGCUCAGGGUGGCGCUGCGAGUCGCAGACGGCAAACCUGCUUGCACCCGCACCCCGCCCCUUGGAAACUUCCCACGCUGAGCCCAGCUGCAGUUCUGGGCUGCUGCUGGCUAGGAAGGGAUUCCCCGUUUGGUCAAAAGCACGUUUUAGACAGGUCUGCUGCUGGGUUUGAGAACUUAAUAUACAGUGGCGUUUUGUUUUGAAAAUCCGCUUUGGUUGAGAUGUUCGCAUUUUCGUUUCCUGUUGCAUAGUUCGGGGUCGGGGCAGCGCGGUGCGUGCGCGUAAGAAUGUGCUCGUAAUUUGCAGUUUCAAAGACGGCGCUGCUUUCCUACGCGAGGCUUCGCCUUAUGCAAGGAAUUUGUCCUGAUUGUGUCAUCGACUUCUUAAGGAAGUCUGGUAGUUACAAAGCCUAUCUUUUGUGCUGCUCGGAUGGCAUAGAGAGGAAGCUAGGACGAAAAAAACCAAACUCGUUUUAUUUCCCUCCUUCGGCUGGUUUGCUUCGAACAGCCUAGGAAAGGUGCAGAGUUAAUUUCAGUUUGCUGAGCCGCCUGGAGGAAGGAAAGGGAUAGGAAAAAGAGAGAUAGGAAAAGACUGGUGUGCAUUAAAAAUCCCAUGUGUGCUUUCCAACUAAGACCUACUCCGAGUAGACCCAUUGAAGUCAGUGUUUCUACUCGGAGGGCGAUUUGGCAGGCUGCCACGCCAUCGUUCCACUUAAAGAGCCUUUUGGCGAAACACUUCGGCUCCAUGAAAGCGAAGCAGAAACACUUUGAAAGCGGCACCGUCCGCUUCCCACGGUCCUGUCCCGUCCCAGCAUCUGCAUGUCCGGUUCGCUCGCUGCCUCCGGUUGUUUGCUCCUCGCUUGUGAAAGGAUUAUUUUCAUUAUACGCCGCCGCGCAUGUAAUACGUUUGCUUACAAAGGGCGCUUUUGCACCGCGAGGCCAAUUUGCCUGCAGAUUUGCGGUAAUGGCCCCUUUGUAAUGCACUCGCUUAAUGAAAGGGAGGCUGCAUUUAUAGCAAAACGCGUUGGCAACAGUACGGGACGCUGGGAGCGAUCGGCUUGUCGCUGCCUGCAAAGGUGUGCUUCGUUCGGUGGAAGGGACUGGCUGUUCUGCAAGGAGGGUGGCGUGCAACGGAAGCGGUGGAGGAGAAGGGAGAGGUUUUCUGGGCCUUGGUUUGGCUUGACAUUGUGUCGGUGGGCUUGGGAAAGGCUGAUCUUGAAGGAAAGGUUAGCAACAACUGGUUGGACCCAGACUAAAAAGUUUUGUUGCACUUGGACCCCACAGAAAUGAGUGUGAAAGUUACUCAUGGUGACUAGUAACUUCCCAUUAAUUUCAGUGGAACUAACUUGCGGUAUUGCAAGGCCAGUGCUCCUCAUGCGUGCAAGUUUUUUGCAUGGACCACAGGACAUUGUUGGCAGAAAAAUUGCCUUUUUAAAAAAUAGAGAGAUUUACCAUUUCUGGGGGAAAUUGGAUAUUUAUUUAUUAAAUGUAUUUCUCACCCUUCUUCCCAAAGGAUUAAACAAAAAUCUUGUUGCCAGUUGACUGCUUGCAAGAUCUAAACAACCCAUUUGCAAAUGAAGUCUUAAUCCAGCCUAAAUUUCUUGCUGAAGGGGUCACUUGCUGCUUCACACAUGAGACUAGGUCCUAAAUGUCUUCGAAAGCAAAUCCUAUUGGGGUUUGUUUUGCUUCCAUGUAAUGUUGGGCUGCCAGAUAGCCUUGUGUUGCAUCGUUUUAUCCCAGAAAUCACCAGCAAAAGUCCUGAGCUGCCAUUUAGAAUUUGUCAAUUCUGGAAAUUAAAAGUAUAGCUUUAUUCAUAUCUCCUCAGAAGCAAGUUGUCACUGUGCUUGGUGGACUUCCUCAGUGGUAACCAUAGUUCUGUGGGACAGCACACUUGUUUUGCAUAGAGAAGGUCCCAGGUUGUUUCAGUCCCUGGCACCUUAGGAUCAGGUAGCAAGGUGAUGGGAAGAUGUGGGAAGAACCCUGGAGACCUGAUGAUAGUUAGAGCCAGGUGGACAAAUAAUCUGACCUGGUAUAAGGCUUCAGUGUAAUACCCUGAGCUGUUUUUAGCAACAGAUCACAAAUAUUUGGCUUCUGAUCUGAGAACCUGUUUUCUUUUUAAUUUUGGGAUUCUACCCCCAAGCAUAGCUCAUUCUCUUGGGGCAACUUUGUAGGCAUCAAAAAUAUGAAACCGAUCGCUAUCUUCACAUUUAUUUGCAGUACUAAAGUCUGCUGAACAAAACUUUAACAAACCUGUAAAAGUCAUCCCUCAUUUGAUGUAUAGUUGAUGGAUGUAUAUAUUGCUUUCGCUCUACAUGAACUCUAAAUUACACUGCAGGUUCCCCGCAGUUUGCAACAUCUCACAGGUGGAUGAAUGAUCAGAGUGAUGUGUAUAGAGUGCCCUAAAGGUGUUAUACAGUAGUCAUAUUUUUAUAUUUAUCCUAAUUUUCAGAGCUUCUGUAGUUCAUGGAAAAACAAACAUCAGAGAGAAAUAGUAAACACUCUAGAGUGCAUACAGCAUUGAAAUUGUAUUGCAGGACCAACUUGUCUGCAAACGCUGGUUUCAAAAAUCUCUCACCGCUUUUGAAAACUUGGGCUUAUAUACGUGAAUAUGUCAAUUUAGCUACAUCACUCAGACAUCACUUUAAACUGCUACAAUGGAAUUUGAUUGCUAAGUUGUCAGUGCUUAUUGCAAAAUGUUCCACGCACUUGGUGCUCACUAUUCAGUCAUGAUUUUUGAGCAAUACCUAGACUAAAGUAUUUGACCCACUACUACUGGAGGUCAGGGAAAAGCACUUUUGGUAUAAGACCUAGCCACUGUACAUUUAAAUGCUUUUCAUAUGUUAAAAAUAUUGAUUCUGACACAACACUGCUAACAGCAAAGUAUUGAAAAAGGAACCACUGGGGCGAUCUAGCCCAGUUCUCUGUCUGCCCAUCUAUUCACCUGUUCCCACAGGUCAAGCUGUAGAACUCAUACCAUAGUGUGCAACAAGUUGAAAGACCAUAGCUUCAAAUGCCAAGCCCUUUAUUUUAGGGAAGGGCACAUUCUCCCAUCCUGAUUUAGAGAAAAAAAUUAUUUGAUCUCAAGUGCAAUGAUCUCUGUUGGCAGAAACCAUAUCCUGGCCUAAGACAAGUAGCUCCACAGAAUCAUGGGGUUCCUUGAGAGUAUCCAUAAGACAAAUUGCCCAAAAUCCAGUUGCCCACUAUUAUUGAUAAUUCAUUGCAGUGUGUUGCCAGGUUGUACAUAACAGAUCUUGCUGCUGCCCGGCUUAUCCUUGGAGUGUUCCUGAAAGCACAUCCCUGAUUCUCUGCUGUUUCGCAAGAGGCCCACAGCAGGUAGAUGAAUGUGGAAAGUUUGAACACUGCUGUGUAAGUCACUCACACUGGGUAUACAAGUUCACAGGAAAAGGAAGGCCAGGACAAAAAAUAAUUUGAGAGCUGUGUGUACGUAGACAGACAGGGAAACUUUCCUGAUCCUUCUGUGCCCCAACUGGCAAUCUGGAAUACAAAGCCGUUUGUCAACUCAUUCAUCUCUACUUGGAAUCGAGUAGAUUCCAACAACUCUUCCAUGAGACUACUGCAAAAAGUCAUGCUUUUAAAAGUAGAAAUGUCUGUAAGCAAAAACCAUCUCAUGGAAUCCGACCCAUAAGCGUGAGCACUUUCUAGCCAUUGAAGAGCUGUGCUAUUCACUGGCAUAUGUAAUAAGCGUCUGUUAAUAAUGGGGGUUGUAUGAGUGGAAUAGUCUCCCUCAGUAGAUGGUGGACUCUCAUUCUUUGGAGGUUUUUAAGCAGAGGUUGGGUGGCCAUCUGUCAUGGUUGCUUUAGUUGAGAUUCCUGCAUUGCAGGGGGUUGGACUAGAUGACCCUUGUGGACCCUUCCAACUCUAUGAUGGACUUCUAGUGGGAGGUAACAACAGGAGUGUUCUACCAGUGUUAGUUUUGUUGAAGACUUAGUUCGGCUGCUUCUAUUUCGAUGGAGGCGAAAAUGUUUAAAAAUACCAUUCCUGAAAUAUCUCUGGGAAAAGUGCAAGCCCUAAGUGGGCAUAGAGAUAUAUAAAAUGGGCAUCUUUUUGUGACGCAAGAAAUGUGCAUGCUCUCAAAUAGGCUGUAGCUCUCCACCAUUAUUUUUAAUUUUUUCCUCUUCCUGAAUCUCUUCUUAAUAUUUCUGUAUAUAUUUCUGGACUUGCAGUGUUCUUCUCUGUGGAGCAAAUCAUCUGGCCCCUAAAUUCCUCUGUGUGUGUGUCUGUGUUCGUGUUCCAGUGGUGAAGAUUGCUAGCUGAAGGAUUUGAGAGUCCUGUUCCUAGUUGUUUGGAGAUGGUCCAUAUUGGGAACCUCUGGCCGAGGGACCAAAUGUCAAGCCCUAGGCCAAACCCUCUUGUUAGGACCAACCCUUCAUUGACCUUGCUCUGCACCCUUCUUGGGUGCUUCUGUCUGUUCAAGGAAUAUGUUCUUGAACUGUGAUAAUGUUUCUUGCUUGCCUGGAUGACGAAAUUGUGAUGGUGUGUGUAUGUGUAUAUAUACUGUUGGCAGGCUGGAAUGUAGCCUACUAUACAAAGGUGAGUGCCACAUCCUUUAGCUUGGCCACUUCUGCCCCAGCCACACCAAGUACUGGCACGUGGCCCCUGGAAAAUUCAUCAGAAAGGACUGUGGCCCUCAAGCCAAGAAGGUUUCCCCUUCCAGUCUAUAGUGAAAAAGCACAUUAUGUUCUCUCAUUAUGUAAAAAAAAAAGCGUUAGAAAGUAAUGUGAAGGAAAGUUCUGGCUAACUUGUCCUUUUGAAUCAUGACUCCUGUUGCAAUAGUGCCAGUACCCGUUUGCCCGUACAGCUUAGAGGGACAAUGAAUAUUUUUGUUUCUAAAAAAUGCCUCGCUGUAGGAAGUAAGCUGAUCUCAGAUUUGGAAAGAACAGUGUGUGAUUCAGUAAUGAAUAAACCAUGACGCUCAAAACUUUAUCUAGGUAAGUGAAGGAUUAGAGGAUUCUUCCCCACCCCCCUGCCUAGCUGGGCAGGACUGCAAUACUUUGCAAAAAGAAUUAGAAGCUGGUUACCUUACUGCCUCAAGGGCUGCUUGUUAAAGGCUACUUUGAAGUGGGGUCUUGGAUGGCUCUGGCCACGAUCACCUUGCUCCUUCAUAACUGUAUGCAAUAAUGGUGACUAAAUAUAGUUGCUAAACCUGUUGUGUAUAACUAAUGACCUUUGCCAUACUUCAAGCAGAAAGAAGCGAAGGACACCUCCAACCGGGUGUCUGCGGUGCUUCUUGCCUACAGUGUACUGGGUGGGCCUACUGUAGUGUUGAUGAUGGUAAUGAUGGGGUUUAACCACUUUGGGCAGGCUACUGGUAAGAACUUCAUGCUCACUGAGUUAAAUGUCAUGCACUCUUGGCUGGGAGCAGUUCCCAGCACAUUACAGGCCCUACCUCAAUCAGGGCAUGUGCUGGCUUGUGCUUCUAAGCUUUGCCCGUUGCAGCUCCAGAGGUCAAAGUAGGCAGCAGGCACCAAAGCAGGAAGUGCUUUGGGUGCUUUCUUUUGAAGUGCAAACAAAUGAAAUGGCAUGCAAGCAGGAUCUUCUCUUUAGGCCCAUUGUGAUAUUAGAAAAACACAAAGGCCUAUGCCUGGGGAGGGGAGCGGAGAAAGGUUGGGUUAUAAUGGAGGGAUAGUUUCCUGAUGGCCUAUCUGUGUCAUGGUAUCAAACCCUUUAUAUUGAGGUAUAACCAUGUUGCAACUAGAUUAAUUUGUAUGGUUGAUAAUUCUUCUUUAAGUGAGUCUUUGGAUACUGUUCUUUUCUUUUCUUUUCUUUUCUUUGUGCAACUUGUCAUGGAUUUACAACUGGGGGUUCCACUUAAUGUGAUUUGAUUUCCAUGGAUGAUGUUUGUGUGUCAGUGUCUACAGGUCUACAGGUUCUCACCCUUUCUUUGUGUGGGUCUUCUUUUCAUCUCUCCGAAGGUCACUGCCUAAGAAUGGAGGAGAGAGACAUAAUUGUUGACUCUUGUUUGUGUGUGUUUGUUAUGAACUAGAGAUUGCUUCUCUAUAGUAGAGAGAGUUUUUCAUACAGUAAACGCCACAUAGCAUGACUAAUGAUGAAUGGCAUCUCAGACAGAUGAGUGUUGAGGCGGACAGGGUGUAGAGCAGAGCUGUAUCUGAAAUCCUCUUUGAACCCAGAAGGCAGCUUGCUAGUUCAGAACAAAACAAGAUCAGACCAAAGCCUCAUCUAGUCCACCAUCUUGUUCUCAUGGUGACCAACCAAGUGAGCUUCCUUGGAGGGAGGAGAUGUAGCCCAGUAGUGGGUAAGAUCACAGUAUGUGCAUGUUGUGGCUACCGUUCUAACUUCAUAAGUGUUCAGAAGUAUCUCUGUAUUUGUGUUUGGCCUAUGCUGAAAUUUAUCAUGACUUUCUCACCAAGGUCACUAUUGGAAUAUUGUUGCCAUCCCCAAACUAUUUAGGCUGUGAGAGUUGUAGGCUGGAACUGGGAGCAAGACUACUUUUGGGGCAGUCUGUUUUUUUUGGGGGGGGGGUCUGAAAGAAAGCUAAAGCUAUUAUGCUUGAAAUAAGGGCUUCAAUUUUAAUUUUCCCUGGGUGCAAUUACUUUUAAAUAAGCAAUUCCCCCUCUUAAAAAUAGAUUCCUCAGAAUUCUUAACAUUGGAGAAUGACUCCCAUCCACAAAGUCUAAGACAAUAAGAUCACAGCAUAUAAACAUCUGUGUGCUGUGUUUUUUUAUAUCACAUGAGCCAGGUUGCCAUGGGCAACUAAGGCACAACUUUAUUGCUUUUUAAAGCUAGAUAAUAUCUAGGCAAUUACAGUUCUGCAUGGGACCUUUGAGAAUUGGACACAGCACAGCAAAGUUGCUGCCUACUCCUUUCCACCAGCUGCUCUGCGUUAUUAUGUCACACCAGCUAGGUCCACUCAGAGCACUGCACUGGGGAGGGUGGUAAAAUAGCAGCAGCAGCAGCAGCAUUGGGAAAGGGAGUGCUAAGAUUUAUCAAGGAUUUCCCCUUGACAUCAUGUUGUAAAAUUUAACUUGGUUAGUAUCAGGAAUGUGGCUUGCUGCAAAUUUGGGUAGGAGCUGGGGAUCUCUGGAAACGGCUCUUCUUUGAGAACAGACUGAUGAUGAUGGUCAAUCAGCUGCAAAGCACUUAGCCCUGCAAGCCUUCACAAUGUAACAGGAAGCCACUUGGUUCCUUGUAAAAAGAAAAAAGAAAAGCAAAAGCAAAAUUAAGCCCUAAAAGCUUUUAUGGUGGGUUUUCUUUUUUAAUGGCAGUAAAUAGAAUGAAACUUUUUCAUUAUGUGGCAAAAUGCCUCAGUUAAAUGCAAGUUGGCAGAGAAGUUAUUUUCAAAAAUUUCUCAUUAUUUCCAUUUCUCCUUGUGCUUCUUUGUUCAAUAAGUCAAUCCCUAUUCUCUGUCUUUGCUAAGAUUGCUUCUCUGGAGCCCUUUUACCAAUCCUCUUGCUGCGGCCCUGCCGAUAUUGUGGGCUCCCCAACUCCCAUCAGCCCCAGCCAGCAUGGCCAGGGGUAGGGAUGAUGGGAGCUGCUGUCCCACAACAUCUGAUGGCUGCCCAGCUCCUCAUCCCAUGUAUGUAUAUAUGGUAGUAUUUCUCCCCCUUUCCCCUUUGAUCCAAUUGCCUUUUGAGUCAUAGUCACGGCAGAGUACAAUCCACAAACUCAAAUCUAUUUUUGCUUUUAUGCUUAAUCAUGGCUUAGAUGUCACUAUGACAGUCAUGCGGUAUGUAAAUAAAGUCUUUCACUUUCCAUUUGCUGUGAUGACUGAGUCUCAAAUAUUGAACGGGGUACUUUGUUUUUCUUCUUUUGAAUUAAAAAGGAAACCAGGUUGUAUCACUAUUUGUUGCAAGUCAUCAUCUGUAACUUGAAGAAACAGAUCCAAAUAGAUUUUCAUAUAAAUAUCCAGAUCUUAUAAGAUUGUGUCCUGACACCUAUGGCCUUGCUGCUGGAACUGAUACAGAACCAAUACACAAGUAUUUUUAAUUGAAAUUCUAUCCUUAAGUAGAGGAGUAUCCGUAAUCAUGGUUGCACACCUUGGUAGGAUAAGACUGAAGGCUGAAUCAGUACUCCUAUCUGGCACUGCAGUUGCAAAGCCAAGAGGAGCUCAGCUUGGAGCCCACUUGAAGAAGAGGCGGAGAGUUAUCUUUAUGCCACAGUUCUCUUCUCCAAAGAUACACACUGAUGUUAGAAGGAUAAUGCAGACAGAAAAAAGUAUUAUAAGCAGGAAACUGAAAUGUGUUUCAUGUGCCUGAAAGUGAAUGAGACACGAAGAGGAACAAACACCAAAGUAUUUUACUUGAGAGGCAAAUAAGGAAGGGAAUACAGCUGAACGACAGACACUUCUCAUUCAGUUAUACCUAAUAGAGAAAAGCAUAUUGUCUCCUCCUGUUCAAAAUGUGUUUUCAAAACAAUGAAAUUAGGGAAGCCUUUGGGCAGUUUUUAGUACUUUAGAAUUUGUGCCUCUCAGUACUUCAGGAUAUGCACAGGAGUCGUGUAAAACCCCCUCAAAACUAGCAGCAAUUGCUAGGAGACAAGCAGAGUUGCUUGUCCCAAAUGCAGAUAACAUAUUCUUGCAGGUUGGGCUUGGGUCCUGUAUUGGAAUGUGCACAGGUAUAUAGAUAAAGUUAAUCUUUUUUUGCUGGAAAAUUAAAUAAGUGUAAUUAUUAUUUUUGAUAGAGAUCUCCAGGUUGAGUAUUUUAAUGUCCUGAUCAUUUGCAUAUAUAUAUGCAGUAUAUAUUUUACUGACUACUGUGGGAUCAUUAUCUCCUCUCUUUGGAGUAAUAAUGAAGCAUUUAACUGGCUUCUCUCAGGAAGUACAUGCUAGAAACGUGUACUUUUAAAGCAGUGUUGCUUGCCUAGCAAGUUUUUAUAAUUGCAAUUUUUAGAGUACAAUCCUUUGGGUGUUAUAAUAAAGGAGAUAUAUAUUCGAACAAUGCAAAGGGAACAAUAAAACUUUCUAAGAGGGAACGGGAGGGAUGCAGAAGAAGUGAGGUGACGUACCUUAGGGGUUCCUUUAAAAGCUUUUCUGAUUGAUUACACAUAUUUAAUGGAUCACCUGAUCUGCUGCCAUGGAUUUUGUCCGGCAGGUAGGCUGUGCACGUACUGAACCUUUAAAGCACAUUCAAAAUACAUCCUUUCCCACAAAUAAUUCUGGGCUAGUUUACCUCUCACAGAGUUAGUUUCCAACAACCCUUAACAAUCUACAUUGCCCAGAAUUCUUUGAGGGAGAGAAUGUGUUUUGAACAUGCUUUAAAGCUAAAGUGUGUACACAGCUGUAGUCUUGCUGCUGAUUGGGGGAAAUCAAGUGGAAAAAAAUACUAUCUAUCCCCCAUACAAAGUAUGCGCAGGCUGAUUUGGAGUGUGACUGUUUACAGCUACUUAUGCAUUAGAAAAUUAGAUCCAUAUUGAAGACUUCUUUCUUUUUCAAUGGUAGGAGUUUUAAAUUUGGAAAAUAAAUAACAUUCCGUGAAUAUUGGCCCUGAUGGAAUUUGCUAGUCAUUCAGCAUUCUGGAUAGUGAGAAAAGUGUUAAUUCAGGAGAAAUACUUUUAGCCGCAUGGGCUGCUCCGUUAACUGCUUAAUGUUAGUCUGAAAAACUAAGGGGAAAUUAGAAUUAUGGAAUUGGAAAGAAGCCAUUUCACAUUUUCAAAACCACCUUCACUCAGUGUGCAGACAUUGGGAUUGUGCAUGCUGACCUCCUCAGAUUCAGUGGGAUAUCUGAAAAAGGUUUCUGCACAUUGAUAGCUAUAUGCAUAUGGAUCUUCAAUGUGCUCAGUAUCUUGUAGAUAAAGCUGGACGAGUGCAAAGGUCCCUUCCAGAUGUUUUGCUGAAUGUGCAGAGGUGGUGGGGGGACAUUAUGAGGGCAUCUGAAGAGAGCUAGAUGUCUGUGUUACUCUAGACAUUAUCUCCUUGGGUGAUAGGUUAAAGGUAAAGGGACCCCUGACCAUCAGGUCCAGUCGUGGACAACUCUGGGGUUACGGCUCUCAUCUUGCUUUAUUGGCCAAGGGUGCUGCCGUACAGCUUCCGGGUCAUUUGGCCAGCAUGACUAAGCCACUUCUGGUGAACCAGAGCAGUGUACGGAAAUGCCGUUUACCUUCCCUCUGGAGCAGUACCUAUUUACAGUGGUGCCCCGCAAGACGAAUGCCUCGCAAGACUGAAAAACCCGCUAGACGAAAGGGUUUUCCGUUUUUCGAUGCGCUUCGCAAGACGAAUUUCCCUAUGGGCUUGCUUCACAAGACGAAAACGUCUUGUGAGUCUUGCGAUUUUUUUCGUCCCCCCCCCCUUUUUCUAAGCCGCUAAGCCACUAAUAGCCUUUUAGCCGCUAAGCCGCUAAGCCUUUAAUAGCUGCUAAACCGCUAAUAGCGCUAAGCCGCUAAUAGGGUUGCUUCGCAAGACGAAAAAACCGCUAGACGAAGAGACUCGCGGAACGGAUUAUUUUCGUCUUGCGAGGCACCACUGUAUCUACUUGCAUUUUGAUGUGCUUUUGAACUGCUAGGUUGGCAGGAGCAGGGACCGAGCAAUGGGAGCUCACCCCGUCGCGGGGAUUCGAACCACCAAACUUCUGAUCAGCAAGCCCUAGCCUCUGUGGUUUAACUCACAGUGCCACCCGCGUCCAUUUUGGGUGAUAGGUUAGGAUUAGAUAUAUUUCGGAAUUUUAAGCCCAUUGAUUUUUAGUGUGUCUACUCUUACCACUUCGUUAGAUACCUCCAUUGUGUUAAGACUGAGAUGAAAAGGUACAAAAGUGAGAUGAACAUGUUUGUCCUUUAUUAUAUUUAAUCAAGGAGAAUAGAUACAUAUCACUGGGGAUAAUGGAACAGGACCUUGCCAAUAAAAGCUUUUGACAAGCUGUGCCCUGUGCUUAGAACUUGAGCAAUGUCAACCAAGUGAGUGCAGGUAUCUUUCAUCGUUGUUCAAUUAUGCACAUGUGGUGUCCUCUGACAGUUUAGUAGUCCUCAAUGUGAAGAAAAAAUUGAGAAUAUUUGAUAGCUAAUAUUCUGAAGCCCUCUUCAUGCACUCGGUGUGAAUAUGUGUGGUAUAAAAUUUGGAAUGGAGGAAAAGCACACACACAGGUCCUGCCACCAACAUCUCUGUGUAUGCUGGUUCCUCUUUCAGACUUUCCUGCAUUGAGAUGGAACAUCUAAAGUGGAACAGAAGUGUGUUCUCGUGAAUCCCCUUAGAUUCCUCUUUUUGACCGGGACCCCUAUUAAGCAGGAUUCCUGAUCACAAGGAUGAUUCUAAGCAAGUUCAGCUUAAUGUGCUUAGGACCUCCCUUCAGACCUUUCCCUCUCAAUGCAGUAAAAACCAAAAUGAGGAUAUUUCAGGAGGGGCUUGGGUGCAUUGCCUCCCCCCCUUUUUUGCCCACACACAUUCAGGUGAACUCUUGAAUAGGGCUACUGUACCUAUCCAAUUUAGAAUGCUAGUUCAUUCCCCUUUCUGUUUACUUGGCAAACAAGGCAUAAAGCAGGGAAGAACUUUCUGAAACAAACCUCUGUUCAUACAGAAGUUGGAGGCCACUGGCUUUCUCUUGUCCACAGCAGAAAUCUCCCUUUUCAAGUUCCUCUCCCAUACAGAGCUUCCAAGAUUUUUAGCAAUGCAGUCCUCAAGGCAAAUGUCAUUUUAUAUGGAAAUUAUUGGUAAACUUUACCUUCCUUAGUUUCUAUCAAGUUCCUUCCCGCUUCUUUCCCCACCACUGGACUCAGAACUUCAGUUCCUGGGCUUUCCCCAGCCAAAAGAGUGUCAGUGGCUGGAGAUGAGUAUGUAGUAUUCACCACAUGUCCUUUCCAUGCUCACCGUUGAAUCCCAGGGUCAGUCCAUGGGAUCUUCUGCCCCUGCUGCGAUUCCCCUUUGCUGUAGCUACCUGCUUACUCCCUCAUUUGGAGAUGGCAAGUAAAGAAGCAGCUUGAGCACCAAGGAUCAGGAAUGUCCAUAUGCCUUCUGUCUCUCAGAGAUGGUCCAGAUUGGGCCCAGAGGAGGAGUGUCAAGUAGGUGGGCAACAGAAAGUAGCAGGAGAACUGCGGGUGGGGGCUUGAGAGCCUCUUUCCCAAGGGGCUCCCUAAAACCAGGAACCAGCUUUCAUUUAACAUUGUGUGUAAAUUUGCCUUUGACUUGGUGGUAGCUUUUAUUUUGCCUGUUUGGUCUACAACCGCCCACCCACUUCCACAAAUUCCACCUCAGUAUUCGGAGAUCUUCUGCAGUUUGUAUCCCACACUAGCUGGAGCUCGGUGAGUUAUGUACGCUUAGGGGCAAGAGUUGGCUGUUUCUCACUCACUGACACUCCCUUCCUCCUUGUCAUGUCAAAGCACCCUGGUGUUUCUCUUCAAAAGUAAUUAUCUUAAAAGAUAGGUGCCUCAGGGCAGUAAUAGCAGCCACACCGGAUGCUGGAAAGAGACCCCACCAUCUGUUCCCACACCCAGUCUGUAGUAUUGAGGUGGGGAGGAGAACUUAAGAAGGGACUCCAAGUCUCCUCUCCAAGGAGACUCCAACGCAACUCUCUAGUUUGAACCUUCUUGAUGUGACUCAUUGGUCCUGAAAGGCAACAUUACUGCACCAGAUUCUUUCUUCUAGAUAUGGACUUGCUAGCUAAUGACUGUAUAUUUAAUUUGACUGGCUACCUAGCACUGAUUUCACUUAUUUUUCACCGUUCUCAAAUGAAACUCUUUUCUAGGGCAUCAGUAUAAGUAUCUCCUUCUGUCCCUAUUUUAGGUAGGACUAGCACUUUCCCCUUGUUAUUAUAUGUAUUGAUGCCUUCACCAAUUGGGUGCCUUCCAGCUGAUGUGAGUUGUAGUCAAAAGCAGCUGGAGGGCACCCAUUUGUUGAAGUCUGAUGUACUGAAUUCUUGAACAAUACUGGAUUGUUUCUGCCACAUACAGUCGUUUUGGCUGACACAGUGGCAUCUGAUGAAUUAGGAGGACUUGGCCUCAUGACAUCUUUGGGGGCAUUUAGCAAAUAAUAUAGAAAACUUGAAAAUACUAGGAGUCUUAUGGACGCUUUUGUAUUUAGGUCACACAUGAGUCUAUUUUUAUGUUGCUUUCAAGUAAGGUAAAUGCAGUGACUUGAACAGACUUCUCAUCUUGCUCUGUGUAGCCAUGUUCAAAUUACAUCAGCUUCAUUGUGUUUCCCAUCAACAAAGACCAUGAUUGGAUUCUGUUUAUCAUAGUGUUCUUAAUCCUGGGCUGGAUUCAAUUUAGCUGCUGUUUGGGUGGGAAGCAACAUCUCAUACAACUGAGCUCUUCCCUCCCUCCCUCCUCUGCACGCCCCACCUCUUGAGGGUUGGGGAAAGCCCUAGAACAUGUCUGGGAGCACAUGGUGGGAGGAGAGAGUCCUGUUGUGUGAGUGGACCUCAUUUCUUGCAUACACACAUCCUGUACUUUGUGCUACAUUGAAUUCUACUCUCUCCCUUAGUAGAAAGCCUGGUCCUAAACUGUGGAAUAAAAUUUCUUAAAAUGGGAGCACUAGCAGGCAAUAGAAAGAGCUUGUCUCUAACAGGGCCUGCAAACACCACAAUUUUUUUGUUGCAGUCCUUUACAAACUGUAAAUUACAGCUUUGCUUGAGUUUUUUCCCCUGUUGAUCCUUCUAUGCAGUCAUGAGGUCUCAAAAUAAUUUCAAAACUAUGGAAUAGGGAGAUUUGUAUUGCUAGUCUAAAGUUUUGGGGCUGUUAGCUAGGCAUCUGAAUCUGGGAGUUUGCUCAGCGUAACUCUGUUUAGCCAUGGAAACUGCUAGAUGACUUUGGGACAAGUUAUGCAUACUGUCUUCUGCUAACCUACCCCAUAGUUUACAGUGAGAAUAAAAUAGUAUAACCUCCGUGUAUGCCAUCCUGUGCUUCUUGGAAAAGGUUGGAAUGAAAAUCUGGAUAAUAAGUCUUAGAUACUUGAGAGAUCAAGAAGAAUCUUUCUAGAGCAGACCAAAGAGACAUCCUGUUCUCACAGUGCUUAAUCACAUGCCAAUCUAAAAUCUAGGGAGUAGAAGCCUAGGAGAGUUCACUUCAGAUCUGUGUUCUAACUUUUUCAUCAUAGUGCAAAUAAAAUUCAAUACCAUGAUGAAUAUUUUAAGUGCUUCACAAAGGUUGUAAUAAGAGAAGUUUUAUGAUACUCUUAUCUAUUUAACCUUUUUGUGCUGCCUGGACAAAAGGAUGAUUAUUUAUGAGCCAAAAUUAUGUGCAUAUUCUAGUUCUCCGUAACUACCUAAAUGAGAUUAGUAACUGUAAGACCAUCCUGCAGCUUUCAUAUGAAACCCAUUUACAAAUGAUUUUGACUUGAUAAAAUGUACACAACUUAGAAAUUCCAGAGAAGUUAAAUUUCAGCUCUGUAAAACACAGCAGCUGAGUUGCAUAUCGUGGUAAGCCAUGCAUAAUGGGGUGCUGUGAACAGGUGAAUCACUCCUCCUUUGCUCUACCCCACUAGCCAGUGGGAGGAACAAACCACAAUCCUUGGCUUAGCAUUAUAACCAAACCCAUAGAUCACAACUGGUAAGCAAGAACAAACCUUGGCUUCAGAUCAUGAUUUGUUUGGACAACAACAAACCAUGAUCUCCAGUUCAGACAUAAUGCUGUGCCAAAGAUUGUGAAUACAUUAAUGGAUACAUAAAAAUGUAUGCACUAAAUAUCAGUAACAUGGAAGAAUUUCUCAUACAAAAUUUGAAGCUAAUAAAUGGUUGAAAUGCUAUUGAUGAAUAUAAACUAAAGUCCUGUACUUUGCCCUUUUUACAUAGGGAGCGUAUGGAACUGUUGGAAGAAGCCAAGAAGAUGGAAAUGGCAAAAUUUCGCUACAUCCUUCCAGUCUAUGGCAUCUGUAAAGAACCUGUGGGCUUGGUCAUGGAGUACAUGGAGACAGGAUCACUGGAGAAGCUCCUGGCUGCAGAACCGCUGCCCUGGGACCUGCGCUUCCGAAUCAUCCAUGAAACAGCUGUGGGCAUGAACUUCCUUCAUUGCAUGUCCCCACCUCUGCUUCACCUGGAUCUUAAACCAGCAAACAUACUGCUUGAUGGCCAUUAUCAUGUCAAGGUAUGUCCUAGGCCAUUGCUAUUUGACCCACAAUUUUUUUGCGAUUAUCGUCAUGAUGAGACUGAAGGAGAGGUUUGUCUCUGGGCCUUUCAAUGCAAAUUCUUCUUUGUUGCGCAUGAUGUGAAACUUGGUUGUGAGUUCAGUGUCACAUGUUAUCCUUGCUUUAUAGCAGGAGUGGGGAACCUGUGGCUUUCUAGAUGUUGUUGGACUACAACUCGCAUCCGUACAAGCCAGCAUGGCCAGAGGUGAUGCAAGUUGUUGUUCACCAACUUCUGAAGGGCCAAAGGUUACCAACCCCUGCUUUAAAAGUUUGUCACUGUUUGCUAAACACAGUUACAGCUUUUCCCUUGUUGUGUUUUUAAAAAGAGUACCGGGGAAGGAAAAAAGCAAGACAUUGCAAAGGUGUUUUUUAUUUUUUAAUCAACUUUCAGGAAAUGCUAUUGUGGUAGUGAGUAAAUAGUGAUCGUACAGACCGAUCCCAACUCAUGCCUGUAAGCAAUCUUAUGUUUAUAAUUGAAAGCUUUUUGUGUAAGAGGUUGUAUAAUAAUGAGGGGAAAUAAACAGGAAAACACAUUGGGUUGAUACCCAUGUUUUUCUCCGCAUAGAUGGAUAGUUGCAGUGUAGUAUUACAAACCAACAUCUUUCCUAUAUAUAAAAUACUUUCAUGGAAUAUUUUAAUGCAGGUGUGCACAAAUAAUCCUGAAUUGUGGCAUAUAACAAACAUCGUGUAGCUUAUAACAAAGAGAGGUUAAUUUGCCAAACGAGCUGCCCUGUUUAAUUAACCAUGGCUGUAAACAAGGAGCCUUGGUUCACGUGUAAAACUAAGUCAGUGUUCUUAGAAAUAGAAAGGAAAUUCUGCAGAAGCCCUUCUCCUUGCCAUAAGAGCCUGAUUACUUGUUCAGACUUGCUGAGGCUCAUCUGCAGUCCACUAAAACAAGGAUUACUAUUAGAGAUGAAAAUGGAUUUGUUUCUUUUUAAACUAAUUAAUUGCGAAAAUUUUGUUCCUGUGUAAUGUGCUUAGUAUCUUGCUACUUGUAGUGUGAAUGAGAACAGACAGGUCUUUGUAAAAAUAGCCUAUGUUUGGUUUUGGAACAUACUGAUAUGGUUCAGGAGGGAGUUGGUGUGUUCAGUGCUUGAAACAGCUCAUUCAUGUAGUGGGGAGCCAUGGUUUCCCAUUAAUAUCUGAACUGCACCCUAGAUUUUUAGAUAGCUGCACAGCAUUAAAGUUACAGUGAGGCCUGGAUUCCUUGGGGGCUGAGGAGUUUAGAGCUUGUUUCUGUUCCCAGUUCAAAACUCCUUAAUUUUCUAAAAAUUCAUCUUCUCUACCUUUGAUGCUCCCCCAAAAAACAUAAUGGUAUGCUACACUGCCAGAAUAGAGGAAAUUGCUUUGGUUACAGAUAUUAUAUAUAAACAUUAUAUUCAGUUAUAUUUAUAUAUAAAUAUUCAAUUAUGACUACAUACUUAUAAUUGCUGGUUCCAUGCAAUAGAUGUUUUAAGUCCUAUGCAUUUUUAUGAAAGUAGCAGAAUAUCUUUCUUUACUUAGAUGUAAAAACAACAGAGCAUCUUUUGGCACCUUAAGGACUAAUAAAUUAAGGUGCCACACGGCUCUGUUGCACAAAACAAAACAAAAACCCACCAGACUACACGCCCUGGAAAUGGACUUAAAUGUGUUUCUGAUUUUAUUUGUGAGGUUUGUGUUUAGAAUUUCUCAUCCCAAAAACUGAUUCCAGAGGGUUGGGGGAAACUCCAUAGCAUUUGGGGAAUUUUUUUUAGAAGGGAACAUAAAUAAUGCCCUUCUCCAAAAGAAAGUGCUCAUAAGCAGAAGUUGCCUUUUGAAUCCAAGUUCAAAGCUCUCCAGUCACAUAAUAUCUGACAACUAAACACACAGAAGUCAUAGCAGCAGGGCUUACUUUUUAAUCCAGCUUUAUUACUCGAUAGGCUAUCCUUGGCUUAGAGUGCGGUGCAAUAAAACUCCUUACCAAUGACUUUUCUGUUCAUUCCCCACUUGGCAUCUUCCAUAGUUGUGCUCUAUAACCUUUGAAGCUGCUCUAUGUUAGAUUGCGAUCCAAGUUGUUGGAGUACUUCUAGUUGUGUGUUUGUUUGUUUAGCUUCUUUUUAUAGUGCCUUUUAUGUGCAUGGCACUAUAUAAAGAACAGAUGUCAUCAGUCCCUGCUCCAAAAUGGGCCUUUCAGUCUAAUGUAGAAUCAGGCAAGCAGCUGAGGAAGGGGGGAAAUGGAGGCAUGGGGAAGAAUGGUUUAUUAUUCCAGUGGCGCAUCCUUUAAUUUAGUUACAUUGAGGCAUAGCGACCAUGGGGAUGAGGGAGUGGCAAGUACAGAGGCAGGAGGUGAAAGGAAGCAGGAGGCAGUGAGUAGGACUGAGAUUGGGAGACACGGAGGGGGCAGGUGUCAUAAUGUUCAAGGGUGUCUCCAGGGGUCUGAAUACUCAGGGCACACACAGGACUCUUCAGAGCCUCUGGUAGUUGCUGGAGUUCUUGGGGGUGGAAGGAGCCAUAGAGCAACCACCUGGGCCCACCCUAGCAAUCCUGAUUCGCUUUUCUGAAAACAGUUCUUGUAAGGGGUUAUAACAUUCCAAAAUAGAGCUCCAGCCAAGACUAUUUAACAGGCAAGAGCAGCUGAACGAGGAGUUCAGGUUAGCUGAAAAUAGGUGUCCAAGCUGUGUUUUGAAUGGAAAUAUGAGUGAGGAGACAUAGCUUGCUGUGUCUCUCUUCCAGUUGCUUUUGUCUCUCUUCCAUGGGGUUCAAAGAAUGUGUGUUGCAAGUUAGUCACUCCCUGUAGCCGUUCACACAUAUAUCUGCAAUAAUUUUAAUAGCCUGAGAUCACAUUAUUUGUAAAAGGGAUUUGAUACUUGGUUUCAUUUCUCCCUUUGCCAAAUGUUAUUACCUGGUUGUGUGGGAGGCUACUGCAGAAUUCCCAUAGAACUUUGAUGUUUGCACCCAAAGUUGUACAAAGGGUGAAAGCAAGGCCCUCAAAAUUCGGCUAAUCUGUGCAUGCCUAUCCAAACUGGUAUCCAGAUUACUGGAUGGAAUACAAAAUUCUAAGUACUACAUUGCUGCAUUUGGCUGUACUGUCUGCCACCCAUAGGCAUGUCAGAAGGUGUCUUGAAUCUAAUUAAAAGCCCUUCUUUUAUGACUGUAUUUUUGUGUGUGCUGCAUGGUUCCCACUGAUGUUAAUAGGAGUUGUAUGACUAAACGCCAUGCUCAGUGUUAGAAACUUACUUCAAAGCAUCUAAUUUUAAACCCACAAGACUCCUUCCAGAACGCAGCUCUCUUGCCAAGGCUUUGAGAGUCCUUGAAGGCACAACUCAGUUUGAUUUAGUUGUCAGAACAUUCUGAUAUGCUCAAAGCUGCAGCUCUACUUCUGGUUGUGUUCUGAUUAUAAUGAUAAUUAUUUGCUUAAAACAGAGACUUGUAAGAUGAGUUUGCAUGAUUCAUAAUGCCAAAAUUAGUCACUUUUGCACCUGGGUCCUCCAAAAAUUUGUGUGCCAUUGCAUCUGGUCAGAAGAUUUUUCCUCUGUAGCAGAAAUCAAGUUAUACAAAAGUUUAGACAAUAAGCUCUUUUGUCACUCAGUGCGGGAGACAUUGGCGGGGGGUGGGGAAUAUCUAAAACAUGAGCCUUUGGUAGUUUACCUUGCCCCGCUCCCCUUGGCUUGGCUGAAGUUUGAGCUGGGACUUCAGGAAUCACUAUAAAAGCUCUUGCUUCAAAAAUAUGUGAACUCAGGGUGUGUCUGAAUAUUUACAUUCAGGGACAAAUACGUUGAAUCUUUCCCCACUUCCUUCUCCACCCUGAGCAUCUAACUGCUUUGGAAACGUCUUUGCUGUUGUUUCCCAUUAGAUUACCACCCCCCCCCCACCUACCCAUACUGUCAUUUCUCCUAUCAGGCCAACUAACUCAACAACAACAACAACAAUGUAAGUGCUUUGCAGUGGUGUGUACUUACUAAACAUUACUUGCCCUGAGCUUCAGGGUUGGCAAAUUACAAAUGAAAAUAAAGUAAUCUUUAACCAGAAGCAGUCAGUAACCUUCCAUUCCUUUCUCUUUCUUUUGUCUCCUGUUCUUUCCUCUGUUGCACAUCAUUUUGUUCCAAGUACAUAACUAUAAAGAUAAAUCUCUCUUAAAGUGAUCCUCAUAGGUGCAACAGUCACCUAACUUAUAAAGUCACUCCUUCUAAGUAUUUCCCUAGGUUUGCAGUGUCUUGCACUACAUUCCUAAAUAGUUAGAAAAAAAACAAGUGUCUGAGGAGGUAGAAUAAUAAGGCCUCUGCUUACUUUGUGCAGAAAGGCUUCAAAUGUGUGGAACAUUAACAGUUCUGUUUAUGAGGCUGUUGAGUUUUGUGCCUCCUGCCAGCUCCCUCCCUUUGAAUCUCCUAAACAAAAUCCUGGAAGAAAAUCUAUGGAUUUAUUUUGUUUUGACACUUAGACAUAAUUGGGUGUGUGCAAACUCUUAAGAAGUGCUUGCUGUUACUUGCUUAUUCUUUCCAUAGCCAUCUGCCUGGUGCGCACCAGUUAUCGCUUUCAUUUCUUUUUUGGAAUGAAGAAUCCUUUUUUGUCACUCCAUGGGUAUGCAAAGUUGCUGCAAUUUCUACAGGCAAACUGUAUCUCUUUCAUAAAAUUAUUUCCUCGCAUAACGUUUAGCAGACAUCAGCAAGUUCUCUUGCUUGGGAGGGACAAACAGUACUGAUUUGUGAGGCUCAGAGUAAGCAGUUAAGCCCAACUGUCUCCAAUGCUCUAAACCACUGUGUUUGUGCAACCACACAUGCAGAAAUGAUUUUGCAGACUACUCUAACUGCAACUCUUUUUUUUUUUUAAUUUAUCAGAUUUCAGACUUUGGAUUAGCCAAGUGCAAUGGCCUUUCACAUUCACAUGAUCUCAGCAUGGAUGGGCUUUGUGGCACUAUAGCAUACCUGCCCCCAGAACGCAUUAAAGAGAAGACCCGGUACUUUGAUACUAAACAUGAUGUCUACAGGUUUGUACUUUUCUUCCUCAGUGCAUCUAUUUCUCUCCAGUAUUUGCUAGUUAACUCUAGUAGAAUUAAACUCUCGGGAAAUUGAUAUUUUGUUUAACCAUUUUGUUACAAUUGAAUAUCAACAAAACAGGACACAAAGGCCAAGUCUUCAAAACUCGGGAGAUACCUAAGGGAGUCAUUGUAGCUUUAAUGCAAUUCACUUGUCUCAUGCCAGCCAAAAUUUUGAUAAUUUUUUUUUUAAUUCCUUCUUGAACUGGCAAAACCAAGGUCAUAUCUGCAUAUAUUUCUUGAUUCUUUAGGAAGCAGUGUUGGAACCCAGUUGAUCAUUUUCCAGACCUAAUUUUCUUUGGUGCCAUCUGGGUCACGCUGAUCUGGGUUACACCUCAAUAUGCCAAGCCACUUGAGAGGCAUUAAAAGCAAGGUUCAUGCACUGUGUAACGAGUGCUGUUUCAGUGAUCACGUUUCAAUAAUGUCCAGCCCAAAGGUGACAUUGUCAGCAGGCUGUGGAGACGCUGUAUUCAACAUCUCUUUCUGUGCUCCAAAAGUGAAGUUGAUCAGCUGUAGAUUCAGGACAAGGAAUAGAAAGUAAUUUUUGUACACAAGGCAUAAUUAGAACAGGGUUGUUUGGAAGUUGUUGGACUACAACUCCUAUCAUCCAAGCAGGCUAGGACUAAUAGGACUUGUAGUCCAAUAAAUAUCUGAAUGACACCAGGAUAGAUCUUGGUCUGGUCUACAAAGACAAUUCUUACGUUCUUUUGAGACCCAUUCUCAAUUCUAGCAUACCUAAUUUGUAUUUGAUGGCCUGGGAUGAUUAGCACUAGAAAGCCUAACAGUAAUCAAGAAAGAGAGAGCGCAUCCUAUGAUUUUUAUAAAGUUAACAUUAACUGAUGUUUCUAUUUGCAGCUUUUCCAUUGUUAUCUGGGGAGUUCUGACACAGAAAAAGCCCUUUUCAGGUAUGCAAAUAAAUAUUUGUUUAAUGGAUCAUAUUUUAGAUGAGCACAUCAAACGAAAGUCCUCCUCAAGUGUGUGUAUGCCCACCCUGAUGAGACUAGCCUUCAGAAUGCCCAAGCUUCAUCACUGCCAAUUAUACAUCUUUUCUAGCUGCUUAACAACCACACCUUUCAUGCAAAGCUUUGAGGAAACCUCAGCUAUUAUUUCUGCACUGAAAGCCAGACUGGAGACCAUAGAGUGUCAGGCUUGAUAAGGAACAAAAGGGUCAUUGCAUCUACCCUCAUAUGAAUAGAUGGGGACAUGUUGCAUCCACCAGUGUCCUCUUAACAGUUAGCCAAGCUGUUCAGAUCUCAACAUCAUGUAAGUAAAGAGUAGGCAGUCUUUACUUUAACCUGAAACAAUUAUGUAGGGAGCCAGGCAUCAUACCUUCUGCCAUUACCAGCUGAUCCAGAGACCCUAAUCUAUGAGACCUUUGAGUCAGUUGAAAUGCGUACCUCUCUCUUCUAGAAAGAGAACCCUAAGAGGAAAGAGGACUCUGAUUAAGGUGAUCUGUGAUAUUGGUCAGAGGCUGAUUCAAUUCUCAGAGUAAUCUUGAUUUGUGCCUUUUCCUUUGCAGAAGAGAAUAAUAUUCUACAUAUUAUGGUGAAAGUAGUGAAUGGCCACCGCCCAGAGUUGCCAGCUGUCUCCAGAUCCAGACCUCAUGCGUGUAACAGCUUGAUCAAACUGAUGCAAAAGUGCUGGCAAGAUGAUCCUAGCAAAAGACCAACAUUUCAAGGUAAACUUUUUACCGACUAGUUGGCAAACCCAGUGAGUCAUUUCAGUGUUCGGGACUAUACAAAUCCCUGGUAGAGCUCCACCAAAAUCUUGUAAAAAUGAUGAAUGCAAAGUAUACCCAACCCACUCUUUUGCGCAGGCAGCAGUAUGGGGCACUUCCUCACUACAGGGAAGGGAUUAUACAAGAACUUGUCUGAUCAUGAAAGUGUUGAUUUAGAUGUCAAAUGAUCUGGCUAGCUCCCCAAGUUGCUGCCUAGGUUUAAUGCUUUGAUCCUUAAAAUCCCAGGUAAAAUGUUAGAUGUCUGUUUUUUCUUACUGUGUAUUCCGUAGCAUGAAAGAGGUGUCAUGAAGAGUAAGUUAAGGUCAUGUUUGAUUAGCCUUAAAAAGCAGGUUGAAGAAUCAGCAUAGUCUGAAAUGUUACAGCAGAUGAUUGAAUGUGGUUUUACUGCCAUAUUGUAGUUUGUGCGGCUUCCUUAUGUUGCAGUUAACUUUGCGGAUAAGAGCCUUCUGCAAUUUCUGCUAUAGGAAGAGCCUUGCUGGAUUUGGUUCAGCAUUCUGAUUUCUUGAAGCUGUGUGUGUGUGUUUGCAAAAAAGCAUGCUGGGUUGGGGGUGCAAAUCCUUCACUUGGCACAGCAACUAAUCUUCUCUCCUGGUGACGGAUUUGAACAUGGCUCCAUAACCUGCUAUGUUGUGCAAUUGGCAUACUCUAUUCCAUCUCAGUAGGUUUUGUGGUGACAUAAUACAGUCUUUACAGGGCAGAAAUUCUCCGCAGAGUUAAUUGCUUACACAGAGGAAGUAAAGCACAUUGGGGAAAUAUGUUGCUGUAGCAGUGGGAGUUUGGAUCAACACCUUGAUUCAAAAAUUAUGAUAAUGUUAUAUAGAGUGGUUGACCAAACUUCUAAGUAGGAAGCAAUAUCCUCUAGCAGCUGGAUAGUUUAGUUUCGCUUAUCUAAACUGGCCAGUUGUUGAGAAAGAGAUUGUGGCAUAUGGGAAAUAUACACGGUCGCUGUAAAUGAUGCACAUAUUAUUUGACCCAUCUUCUACUAGUAUAAAUCUAAUCUUUGGCCUUUGUUUUUGUUUUUAAGAAAUUACUUCCGAAACAGAAGAACUUUGUGAAAAGCCAGAGACUGAAAACAAGGAAUUGAUAGUUCAGGAGGACACCAAAGAUACCCGGACUUACCCCAAGGUAUGUACUGUAUAUGAAAAAUAGAGAUAAUUUGAUAUUGGUGCCUUCUUCCCCUCCUGGGUAACAUUUGACAAACACUUUUAAUUUAUAAUUUCCUCCCUCUUCCACCCACCCCCCUUUGUUCCAGGAGCUGCCUGGACUAUCCCAGCUAAAGCAAGGGUCUGAACCUUCCUCAUCUAAGGAUUACAGCCUUUCAGAGUUGUUGUCCCAACUUGACUCGGGAAUUUCACAAACAGAAGAGCCUGAAGAACUCAGCCGUAGCGCUUCUGAAUCUAGACUUGCUUCCAGUGACAAGAGGCUUUCAGGAGUGUCCUCAGUAGACUCUGCCUUUUCUUCACGUGGUUCCCUAUCACUGUCAUUUGAGAGAGAGAAUUCCGAAAGUGGUAAGGGUUUUAUAGUUUUAGCAAACAAUAACUUGGAAAAACGAAUUUUGGGUGUGUGUUGGGACUGGGUGGCUGUGGGAGUUAGUGGUUUCUCAUGUCCUAUAUUGAAGGCAGCUUUGCCAUGAGAUGAUCAUUUGUGGGAGGAUGUGGCACAGCCAGCACAAAGUCCGCUCCCUCAUUUUUCCAUGGCAAUCAGCUGGCUAUGUGUUUUAAGAUGUUACAUAUCAAUCAUUGCUCCCCCUCAUUUUCAUGGACUUUCAAAGAAGUUGUGAGCAAUGAUCAUGAUGUCUCUUGGGGUGAUACCCAACUAAGUCAUAUUCAUAGUAAGCCCAUUGAAAUCAAUAGACUUAGGCUUUCUGUUGUGAAGUUAGCCUCCACCUCAAAGGGGUUGCCUGAUCUUUAUCUUGCUUGUUUGAUAGCAAACCAAUUGCACACCACAAUUCUGCCAAGACCUUAAAACUGGGCUGGGGAACCUUUAGCACUUCAGGUGUUGUUGGACUCCAUCAGUACCAGCCAACAUGGCCAUUGCUUAGGGAUGAUGGGAGUUAGAGUCCAGCAACAUCUGGAGGGUCAGAGUUUCUCCAGUUCUGCCUUAAAACAUAGGCAUUUGAGGGUCAAAGGCUUCUUUCCAUGAAAUGUGUCCUGAGUGUUCCUAGGGAGAUGAUAGUAUGAAGAAUGCAUUGUGCAACCUGAGCUAAUUAAUCUGCAUAGGGAACAUAGGCAGCUGUCAGGCUAGUAGUCCAUCUAGCCCAGUAUUAUCUACUCUGGCACUGGCUCUCCAGGGUCUUUAGCAGGGCCAUUCCUAUUACCUGGUCAUCCUUUAAUUGGAGAUGCCAGCAAUUGAGCAUAUGAUCUUCUACCACUGAACAUUGGUUAUAAUUUUCAUAAUUGUGGCAGGAAUAUUUUCAGCUACAGGAAUAUUGCCUGGAUACCUGAGUUUAUAUUUGUGGCACAUCAAAUCAUAUUGCAGUCAGAUGGUUUUUUUGGCUUUUUUAGAAAGUCAGGCAGCGUUGCAGUCAGAUAGUUGAGGCACAACACAGAGAUGAAUGCUUGACCAUGAGCUGGCCUUCAUUGUUUUGAGGAUUAGGAGCCUUAUCUGCAUACGAGGAUUGGAGAGUGUGUUUUGUAAAGUCUAUUUCAUGACGCUGGACACCCAUCUAUGCGUGUUACUCUUUUUCCCUGGAAAAGCAAUAGAACUUCACUAAAUUGCCAGAAGCAUAAUAGUCCUAGCUGCUUGUGUGCAUGUGCAGCAGACACCAAGUACAUGGGAUCCUAGCAAGCUGCAUGAGUAAUGUGCCCCAAAAGCUGAUAACCCUCCUACCCACAGCAUGAGUAGUACAAUCCAGGUGGAAGGUGGACAUGUUGGCACCUGCCCAGUGUGCAGAAAGAUGGGAGCGGGGGAAGAGGAGGUGCUUCCUACACUUUGGCUUCAUUGGUAGCAUGAAGAAUGGAGCUGCCAUUUAUUUAUUUCUCUUGUGCCUUUAAUGUAUGGUUGUCAUGGAAGUCUAAUGUUGCUCUUUGCUUCUCCAGAUCUUGGUUCCACGGACAUCCAGAAAAGAAAGCUGGCCGAGGCGAUUGCAUCUGGAGACACGGGCAAACUGAUGAAGAUCCUCCAGCCGCAGGACGUUGACCUGGUUUUGGAUGGGAACUAUAGCCUCCUGCAUUUGGCUGUUGAGUCGGGCCAAGAAGAGUGUGUCAAGUGGCUCCUCCUUUACAAUGCCAACCCCAACCUGACCAACAAGAGAGGCUCCACACCCCUCCACAUGGCCAUAGAGAAGAAGAAUAAAAGCAUUGUGGAGCUGCUCCUGGCGAGGAAAAUCAACGUGAACGCUAAGGAUGAGGACCAGUGGACAGCACUUCACUUUGCUGCGCUGAACGGGGAUGAACUGAGCACCAGGCUUCUUCUGGAGAAGAACGCCUCGCUGAACGAAGUAGACUUUGAAGGAAGAGCUCCCAUCCAUGUGGCCUGCCAGUAUGGCCAAGAGAACAUUGUGCGCAUCUUCCUGAGAAGAGGGGUUAAUGCAGAUAUCAAAGGGAAGGAAGGCUGGGUGCCUUUGCAUUAUGCAGCCUGGCAAGGUCACCUGUCCAUCGUGAAGCUUCUUGCCAAGCAGUCCGGGGUGAAUGUGAAUGCACAGACAGUGGAUGGGAGAACCCCUUUGCACCUGGCAGCCCAGAGAGGGCAUUACAGAGUAGCUCGUACACUUGUGGACCUGAAGUCGGAUGUCAACAUCAGAAACGCCUCGCUCCACACCGCUCUCCAUGUUGCUGCUGAAACCGGACACACGGGCACUUCGAGGAUGCUCCUCAACCGGGGCGCAGACGUAGAAGCGAUGACGGCCGAAGGCUGCACUGCACUCCACCUGGCAGCCUGCAGGGGCCACUUAUCGACCACCAAGUUGCUGGUUGAAGAAGGUGCCAAUGUCCUGGCCAAGGGGCCUUCCAAGAGGACGGCACUGCACGUUGCUGCUGAAAAUGGACAUUGGGAAGUAGUAGAGGAGCUUGUCAGCCCAGAGAAUGUAAAUGACCCCGAUGAGGAAGGCUUCACGGCUCUACAUCUGGCAGCGAAAGGCGGACAUCCACGCACCCUCGAGGUUCUGUUAAAGCAUGGCGCCCUCACAUUUCAGACCCCUCUGCAGACGACUAAACAAAAUGGAUACAGUGCUGUUACUAUGCUACUCGGUGAGAGCUAAGUGAACAGACUGCUUGUUUAUGUCUUUUGACUUUCCAUGGAGACUCUGGGAGCCUGAUGAUCAGGGUUUUCCCUCUGACUGCUCCUGUGUCAUGUGUAUGAGUCUGCUUAAAUUUGCAGUUGAGUCUGGGUUCUAUCCUGGCAGAAGCAGCAUUGUUGAUGUAGCAAUGCAUUCUAAUGAACUGAGGGAGCGUGGGAGCAGGAGCCAUGAAAUCCUGAGCAUAGAGCCUGACACUUUCCUGUGAUGUGCUGUUGAGCAAGCCAUAUGUAAAGACUCUAUGUUCUUUCCCUGGGGCUUCAGCAGUGCGGGGAGUUGAUCUGCCCUGAAGAUGGUAUGAGGAGCAAUAUGCAUUGCAUUGCUUUAAGCAGACACUUGUUGCGUUCCGGACAGAGUCAGUAUCUUAAUAUUUCAAUCUUUCUCUUGUUUUUACAUUCAGACAAAUGAUGGGGAAGGUGUCUUCAAACAUCAUGCUAGAAUGUUUUUGAAAUUGAUUUUCCCACCCCCCACCCCAUUGCGUACAAAAAGUACUCUAGCAAUCAAAAUCUGUUUCACAGUGCGCAAGAGUUUGUUGAAAAAGAAUGUAAGAAGUGCCUAUUUCAAUGCCACACAUUUCUGUGUCCUCAAAUUGUUGAGCUUUCCUUUUACCCUAGUCAGCAAGUCUUUGCAAUUAGAACUGUUAGCAUUCAAAAGUUAACUGAAGGCAGUAUUGCAUAGAAAUUGGUGAUGUAGAAUACACUGGUACGUGCGCGUGCGCACACACACACACACACACACACACACACACAGAGUGGGCCCACAACUUAGCGAUUGCAAACUUAAAAUGGGCUGGAAGUGGAGGGGCAAAUAAAUAAAUGAAGAGUGGGGGAAGUGCACUAUUCCCCACUCUCCAGUUAUUUAUUUCCACCCCCACUUGUGCACCCAGUGGGUUUUCCUGCCAGGGAAAGAGCUCCCAGGGCCCUCCUGAAACCUUCCAAGAACCCAGUUAGCAGCCCUGUGCCCCACAGGGCAGGAGGGGCAUUCAUGGGGUUCCUGACUUUACACGAGGCUGCCUUUGCAUGUGGACCCCCGGAACCAAACCCUUGUGUAGGUGGCGGGCCCACUGUAGAGGCACACACAAGGUGUGUUCAAAUUUCUUAAAAUGAUUUUGAAUGGUUGUAGUUUUUAAAUGGUGUAGAUUAUGAACCACGUGUACAGUACUGCCUUGCCUUCUGAAUUUUGCUGUGUUCGGUAGCCUAAUUUAAAGAUAUACUGUGUAUAUAUAGUAUUUCAGUUCGUUGUGCCUCUUUUUCUACUGCAGAAAGUUGUGCCUCUUCAGACAUGGGUAUGUUUUAAUACGCCUUUUGUAAUGUUCAUAAUUUUUUCAAGUGUUCAAAUAAAGUCUGGUUCAUCCAUUUAAAAAAA